UUAUACCAAAAACAACAUUUAUUGAGCCCCUGGGUUGAGGGCUGAGAAAUUAUCAGUGACCUAGACAGGCAGAGGUUCUUGACUUUGGGGAGCUUGCAGCCCUGCAAAGUAGAGGCAUCACCCCCAUUUUACAGAGGGGGAAACCGAGGAUAGCCUGACACUGCGCCCAAGGCCACACAGUGAAGUCGAGUGGUGGGAAAAGUCUCAGAAUCCAGGUUUACUCUAUAGGUAGGGCUGCCAGAGUUCUAGGAAAAAUAAAAAACAAAACCACCACCACCAGCAACAAAACCAGGGCUCCCAGUUCAACUUGCAUUUGAGAUAAACAACCAAUAAUCUUUUAAGCGUAAGUGUAUCCCAAAUAGUGUGCAGAGAGGGGCAUACUUAUGCGAAUAAAUGAUUUGGUGUUCAUCCCAAGUGCAAGUUGAACAGGGCUUAUCAGACAUGCAAACUCUGGGAUCUAUAGAGUGGGCUAUACUUAGGCUAUCAAGUUUUUCAUCGUUUAUCUGAAAUGUAAAUCAACUGGGUGUCCUGUAUUUUAUCUGGCAAUUCUAACCUGAGGUGACCAACCAUCCUGGUUAGCUGGAACUGAGAGGUUUCCUGGGAUGUGGGACUUUUAGCAGUAACAACAGGAAAGUCCUGGGCGUAGUUGGUCUUUCUGGUUUACCUCCUGUUUUUUGUAUCUUUUGAUUCACUGUGAAGGGUCCCAGCCUUGGUGGGAGCAAAUGAGGCUAAAAGUAGAGCCGUGGGGCAGGGACGAGUUCUGGGUUCUUCCUAUUCAUAUCCUCCAUGCCACUCCUUGCAGAUACGGAUGCAGAGAGGGAAGCCCUACAGAGCACCGCCUACCGUAGUACAGACCUUCUGCCAGAAGCACGGCCUCAUGGCCGAGGUGGUUGAUCUGAGGUGGGGUAUUCGGAACACCGAGGCCACCAACCACAUGACCACGGAACUCUGCUUGGAGGAGCUUGGCUGGUGUCAGAAAACAUCCACAGGGCCAGCUUUUGCUGCCCUCAUAGGUGACCAGUACGGCCCCCGUCCCGUCCCCUCGCUGGUCGAGGAAAAGGAGUGGGAGGCGCUGAAAGCUCAGCUGAGCGCCAGGCCACGUGACCUGGAGCUGGAGGCACGACGCUUCCGGACAGACGAGAACGCCGCUCCCCCCACCUACCUGCUGCAGACCCUGGGCAGCGGGGAGGCCCGUGGGCCCGAGGAGGCCACCCUCAUCUCUGCAUUGCGCUCUGGAGCCCAGGAGGCCGCCAGGCUGGGCCUCAUCGCCCAGGAGAAGUGGCACCACUACCACCGGUCAGCCAUCGAGGGGGAAAUAGAACGGGACCUGCUGAACUCAACAGACUGGGACCAGGGGGCAACUGUCUUCCUGAGAGAUAUCCAAGACCUCAACAAACACAUCCUGGAGGUCUGCGCCCUCAAGAUAGUGGACCAGCUUGCAGCCAGCUGCCUGGACACAGAUGCCCAGAACCUUCUCAGCAGCCUCAAGGAGCGCAUCGCUGACAUGCAGCCUGGAGUUCUCAAGGCCCACCACCUGGCAUGGAGCCGAGACCUGGUGGACCCCCCAAACAAGGCUCAUGGACGGUACCCAAAGGAAUUGGGGGAGCAGUUUGUGGCCAGAGCUAACCAUCAGGUCCUCGAGUGCCUCCAGAAACUGGAGGCAGGCAGGCAGGAGUUGGCUUGGCUCUAUCAGGAGAUCUGCCACCACCUGGGGCUCAGUGCCGAGGCCCCCCAGACCUGUGGGCACCAGGAGCUCCUAACCCAGCUGGGGCAGCGGCUCCAGCAGAGCGACGGCCACCCCCACCCACCCCUGGUGCUUUUUGGACCCCCGGGCAAGAAAGAUGCUCUGAUGUGCAAGCUGGCUGAGCAAAUGCCAGGGCUGCUUGGCCACAAGACAGUGACCGUUCUGCGGUUUCUGGGGACGUCACAGAUGAGCUCCGACACCCGAGGCCUGCUCCAGAGCAUCUGCUUCCAGGUGUGCCUGGCCUACGGGCUACCCCUGCCCCCUUUCCAGGUCUUGGAGGCCCAUACCAGGGUGGUACAGUUUUUCCACACCCUCCUCCACACCGUCUCCUGCCAAAACUUUGAGUCCCUUGUGAUCCUGCUGGAUUCAGUGGAUAAGGUAGCCUCUGUCCAUGCUCGGAGGGUCCCCUGGCUGCCUCCCAAGUGCCCCCCAAGGGUCCACCUCAUCCUCUCGGUCUGCUCAGGACAGCAGGGUGUUUUAGACACUAUGCGGCAGGUGCUCACGGCCCCAGGUGCUUGCUGGGAGGUGAAACCCCUCUCUGGAAACCAAGGGCAAGAGAUGGUUCAGCUCCUGCUGGCCGCCUUGAGGAGGACGCUGAGCCUGAUGCAGAGGGACCUGCUCUGGGCCAGCCUCCCAGAGUGUGGGCACCCGGGGCAGCUGAGGCUGGCCUUCGAGGAGGCCUGGAAAUGGGCCUCCUUCACCGUGCCGGCCCCUCUGGCCUCCACUGCUAAGGAGGCGAUGCACCAGCUGUGUGCCUGCAGCUGCUGGUGCCCUGAGUGCUGGGCUAUACAUUGUGUCUUCCCGGUGAGUCUCUGUUCUGUCUGCUUCCCUGAGAAUAAAUGGACUGGCCUGGCCCCUGCCCAGAGGGCCCUGUACAGUGAUGUGAUGCCAGAGAAGCGUGGGCUCUCGGAGGCGGAGAUGAAGGAUGUCCUGUCCUUGGAUGACAAGGUCCUGCAGGCUGUGUACCAAGACUGGACCCCGCCCAGCAAAGAGCUGCUGCGUUUCCCACCCCUGAUGUGGGUGAAGCUUCAUCGAGAUCUGGGUAACCACUUGGCCAGGAGGCCCGUGGAUAGCUUCAUACUCCUGACCAUCGCCCACAGACAGCUGGCCGAGGUGGUCCGAGAGCGCUACCUGUCCUGGCCCGAGAAAGCCAAGGGUCACGGAGUCUUGGCCGACUUAUUCUCAGGGACCUGGAGCCAGGGAACCAAGAAACUCAUCAUCCUGCCACUUGUGGCGCAACCCCUGAACCUGGACCGCAAGGUGGCCCCUCAGCCCCUGUGGUUCUCAGACACGGUUGCAAACCUGCGGAAGCUGAAGGAGUUACCCUACCACCUGAUCCACUCAGGCUGCAUCGAGGAGCUGAAGCAGGAGGUGCUGGGCAGCAUGAACUGGAUUUCCUGCUGGGGCAUCUCCGGGGGCAUUGAGGGUCUGUUGGAUGACCUUGACCUGUGCGCCCCUCACGUAGACUUUCCUGAGGUCAGCCUGGUCCGGGAAGCCCCCCAACUGUGCCGCCCGGCAGUGGAGCUCCGAGGCAUGGAGAGAAGCAUCCUGUAUACGGAACUCCUGGCCAGCCUCCAUUUCUUCACCACCUCACAUCCGGCGCUGGUGGGACAGCUGUGCCAACAGGUGUAGAGCUGGUUCCGGAUGUGCCCACACCCUGUGCUGGUGCCCCUCAGAGGAUUCCUCCAGCCCCCGGGAGGACCCCUCCAGGCAACCCUCACCGGCUGUCACAAAGGCAUCACUGCCAUGGCACGGAGCCUGGAAGAGAAGCUGCUGGUGGUUGGCACCCAGGAGAGCAUGGUAGCUGUGUGGGAUAUGGAAGAACAGCAGGUGAUCCACAUCCUACCUGGACACACAGGAGAGGUGAGGUGUGUGAAAGUGUUUGCCAAAGGAUCGCUUGCCAUCUCUACCUCGAAGGAUCACACCCUGUGCUUGUGAAACUUACUCUCUGACCAGGAGAAAUUCACCAUUUGGGAUGGAGGCUCAGAAGUUCCCACUGAACCUCAGAUCUCGAGCCUUCAUGUGGAUGAAGCAAAGAAGGUUGUGUAUUCAGCAUCUAACUCAAAGACCAAUGCUUGGAAUCUGGAAACUGAAGAGCUGAUUUUCCAUAUCCUGGGGGAUGCCUCUGACCCCUGGGUGUACACGGCAGUGCUGGCUUCCAGGGCCACGCUGUUGAUGGUGUCGCAGGGUGACGUGGUCAGUCUGUGGAGUUCAGCCACAGGAACACUGCAAAGGAAGCAACAUUUGUCCAGCACCAAAGAAGAAACACUUACCUGUGGGGUCUCAGUCCACAAACAAAGAAAGAUGGUGACCGGGUCCAGCAAGGGCUCCAUCUCUUUGGUUUCCUCCGAAGGAGACAGCCUGCUGGAGAAGCUUCCAGAAGCCGUGGGGUUCCUGGUGGUCUCUGAAGAUGAGUCCCUUCUCGCUGCAGCAAUAACUCCUGGGAAAGCACAGGGUAUCCACUUGAAUGAGGUCAUGCUAACCCAGCACCCACACCGAGACCUGAGCCGGUGCCAAUGGAAAUGCGUGUGGAGUCUAUCAGAGCAGUGGAGCCUGCUAGACGUCUUGGAAGGCGUUGGGGCCCCCGUGAGCCUGCUGACUCGGGGUGGGCCGUUGGUGGCAUCUGCUUCCCAUCGGUCCUUCUUUAAAGUCUGGGAUCUCACCCAUGCUCAGAAGCCAAGGACCUCUACCUCAUUUCUAGACCGCACCGGCCUCACUGCAGUGUCACACAUUGGAAGCUAUGUUUACUUCCCUAAAAUUGGGGACAAAACCAAAGUCACCAUUUGGGACCUGGCAGAAGGUGGGAAGCAAGAUGCCCUGGACACCUCUAAUGAGGUCAGGUGUCUGGAGGUCGCUGAGCAGGCCAAUCUCCUUUUCACCGGCCUCGUUUUGGGGAUCUUCCUGGUGUUCCCACUGAAUUCCAGACAGGAUGUGAUGUGCAUCCCUCCUCCAGAAGCCCAGAAAGCCAUCAACUGCAUGGCCCUUAGUAAGGACGAGGGGCACCUGGCCAUCGCCUAUGACAACAUCGUCCUGGUGCUGGACAUCAGCCCCGGGGACCCCUGUCCAGUCAUCGACAGGCCAACCUACACCUUCUAUACCCAGCUGCCUGACACCAUAGCAAGCGUGGCUGUUCUGACUGACUACUGCGUGAUCUAUGGCAUGACCAACAGAGACCUCUUCCUUUAUGAAUGUGCGAAUUCCAAGGUGUUCCUUCUGGAGGCCCACGGGAGCCAAGUCACCUGUGUGAAGGUCAGCCACAAAGAGCAGCUGGCAGUCAGUGGGUCCGAGGAAGCCCUGCUGUGUCUCUGGGACCUUCAGGCAUGCAAGUGGAAAUUUGAGAUGAGCUACAUGCAGAGUUCUUACUGUAGAGGAGUCCAAUGUGCUUGCUUCUCCAAGGAUGACAAGUACGUCUACGCAGGCUUGAAAGAUCGCUCCAUAAUCGUCUGGAGUGUGCUGGAUGGCACACUGCUGGCCACCCAGUUUGUCCAUGCCGUGGUGAACAGAAUCAUCCCAACCUCCAAUGGCUUCAUUGCCCCCACCACACAUGGCUAUCUCAUCUAUGAACGUUUCCAGUGCCCUUCAUCAAGAAUCUCACAACAGGACUCUCUCAAGAACUUCAAAAAAGCAGUGUAGAUGGUCAAAUCCAGGCAGAGAGAAGAGCUGGUUGCUGCUGCAGGAGCAGGACUCAAGAUCAGGGAGUGCCCAGGGAAAUGAAUCUAAAUCAAACAAAUGCUCACAAGUCUGCCUGCUAGUGUAAACCCCCCUGUGUCUCCAGUGAGUUAGCCCCAUUCAACCUGAAGCAAAAAGACUGUAUGUGUUGAUGUAUAUCUGGACCCAAAGCCUCCGAUUAUGUGACCCAGACCUUGCUUCCUACCAUCUUUCGGUUUUUUUCUCCUCCUUGUCAGCUCCAUUUACAGACCCAACACCCCCAAGUUAGCAACAUGACAGCAAAGUUCAGUAGAAAAGAGAGUUUCCCUUUUCCAACAGUUUGAACCAAAGUCCUGGUUCUAAGUCUAUUAGCCCCAAUUAGCUCAUACACCCAUCCCGGAACACAAAGCUAUCUCUGGGAAGAAUGCAACACUCUGAUUGGUGGGCCUGACCCCAUGCCCAUCCAGGCUGAGGAUGGAGUCAACACCACCUAACCAUGUAGACUGAGAAGGGGAGAGGCUAUUCCCCAGGGAAACUAGGGGCUUGUAGCAGGUCAAGGGGGGAUGGAUGGAUGUGAGACCAACUAAAACACAAAUGUGGACCACAGAGCUUUAUAGAUUAUAAAGCACCAGGUGCUAUAGUCUGAUCCUUAUCACAGCCCAUACGUUAGGGAGGGCAGGAGUUUCUGCAUGCAUUUCAGAGAUGAAAAAACAACCUAGCAGAGGUAGCUGUGAUUUGCUCAAAAUCAUGAGCCCGAGGUGCAAGAACUCUGAGAAAUGAAAGCCCAGAGCCUUCCUGUCCCAAUUAUUAUUGGGACCACCUCACUUUAAUUUUAGACUCAGAAGCACAAAUAUCAAUUCCAUGGGUGGCACAUUCAAAUGCCCACAGGGGCCAACGAGUAAUCUAGACAAUUGCUGUGCACCUGGGUUACCAGCAGAGCGUGAUAGUGACAAUGGGAAUAUGGAGGGCACUGCUGUGUCUUGGGUAGACACAAGUACCUUGACUCUACCCCAGAAUCACCAUGGGGAAAGCAGCCUACUGGUGCCAGAGCUUCCUGUUGUCAUAAGUAAAGCCAGAAAUCCAAACUUUUGUGAGAAACGUUCUCAUUUUUUGAAGUUGACAAUUGGUUCAAAUUUACACUUAUAGGCACAUUUGGCCCAUGUCUCUAGUUCCUGAGCUGACUCAUGACCCAACUUGGCAUUAAAACAGUAAACCUGUUAUCAUUCUUCCAUCUCUACUCCCUGGCUCCCGCACUUUGAGAAUAAUGAUACUUUUAAUCUUAAAAACUGGAGGCUCUUGGAAGCAGAUGGAAAAAGUUACCGACAUCUCCCUGCUGUGCUUUUGGACCACUUCUGCCUUGUGCAAGUUCAACAGUCCAACUGUUUGCGCUCCACUUAAAUGGCUCUUUCUUCUUUGCCUGCAGCCUUCUAAAAGCCCCACUUGCUUCUGGGCCUUUUGCUAUAUGGAUAGUAGAGUCCAAACUUUCAAGGUGCUAUUCCUUCCUUCCCCCCACCAUUGGAUUCCAGAUAAGAGUUUCAGAAAAAACAACCUUAGAAACAGAAGCUUUUGAGCUGCAUGUGACCUGACUCUCAUUCAGUUGUUUCUCAAACGAGUGUUCCAAUGAGGGCUUUGACAGCUCUGCGAACAUUAUUUAGCAUCAAAUUCCAUUAAAAAAUAUUUUAUAACUGUAAUUUUAAAAUACACGUUGGGUAGCAGUUUUUUAAGGUGUUGGACAUAACUAACAUAGGAUUCUCCUGCCAUAUCCAUUUAACUUAGAUUGUGAAAGGAGCCCUUGAAAAAAUAGCUACUCUUUGCCACCACGUCUUCUGUGAAUCUGGGGUUUACCCAAUGUGGAAAUAAAGUGGAUGUGACUAAGAUUUCAGCUACAACUUCUGGCUUAAAAUGUGUGUGUCCAUCUCAACAGCCUCAGUGAGAAUCAACUGCUUUGUACGUAAACACUAAUUUGAACAUAGGAAAGAAAUUUUUACGAAUAAAAUGCUACUCCGAAUUGUUGCUUACAUUGGGGUUUUUGUAGUGAGUUUUCAUUUGAGAAGGCGUUUGGUUGCUAUGAAUGUUUGACAAGCACUUGUUUGAAGUCCCCCAGCCAUGGUGGAGCCAGAGUGAGAGCGUGGUUAUUGUGUGAACAGGACUAUAUUAACACAUUAUCCAAACUGGGACACCUCUAGAGAGUGAAAAGGAAUGCUCUUAACAAGUACUCUAGGACAACUACAAUAAACUGGACUGUCCCAAGGCAAUUGGAAUAUACAGCCCCUCUAGUUGCAGCAGGAAUUAAUUUAUAUUAAAUUCUAGAGAAUCCUUUUAAAAGUGAGGUAUAAGUAACAUAUAACAUUAUAUUAGUCUCAGGUGUACAACAUGAUUUGAUAUUUGUAUAUAUUGUGAAAUGAUCACAGUAAGUCUAGUUAAUGUCCAUCACUACACAUAGUUACAAUUUUUUUCUUGUGAUAAGAACUUUGCUUUUAAUUGAAGUGUAGUUGAUUUGCAACUAUACUUAUAC